AUGUCGCUGCAUCGUUCUUCUAAUGGACCUCCACCAGCGAAACCACUUGUUGCUCUUCUUGAUGGUCGGGAUUGUACUAUUGAAAUGCCUUUAUUAAAAGAUGUGGCUACAGUUGCUUUCUGCGAUGCUUCAUCAACCAGUGAAAUACACGGAAAAGUACUUGAAGAAGCUGUUGGAGCUUUAAUGUGGCACACCAUUUCUUUAACACGUGAGGACCUUCAGAAAUUCAAGUCACUUAAGAUUAUCGUGAGAAUAGGCAGCGGUUAUGACAACAUUGACAUAAAAGCCGCUGGAGAACUUGGAAUUGCAGUUUGUAAUGUUCCUGGAUUUGGUGUUGAAGAGUCUGCAGAUACAACACUUUGCCACAUCCUGACUUUAUACAGACGUACUUAUUGGUUAGCAAACAGUCUACAGAUGGGUAAACGGAUUAAUGGGCCUGAACAUUUAAAGGAAGUUGCAAAUGGGUCAGCACGAAUACGGCGUGAUACUCUUGGCAUAGUUGGUUUAGGUCGAGUUGGCACAGCUGUUGCAUUACGAGCUCAAGCUUUUGGAUUCCAUGUAACAUUUUACGAUCCUUAUCUACCAGAUGGGAUUGAACGAUCAUUAGGUAUUGAACGUGUUUACAGUCUUCAAGAUCUACUAUUUCAAAGUGAUUGUGUUACUUUGCAUUGUUCGCUUAAUGAACAAAAUCGUCAUAUGAUUAAUGAACAUACAAUCAAGUUAAUGCGACCAGGUGCAUUUUUAAUCAACACUGCUCGGGGUGGUUUGAUCGAUGAAGUAGCCCUUGCUGCUGCACUCAAAGAAGGUCGAAUACGUGCUGCAGCCCUUGAUGUAACUGAAACAGAACCAUUUAUCUGGAGUAAUAGUGCUUUAAAAGAUGCUCCAAAUCUUAUUGUAACACCUCAUAUGGCAUUUUACAGUGAAUCAAGUAUGCGUGAAAUGCGUGAAGCAGCUGCAAAUGAAAUCCGACGUGCUAUUUUAAAUCGUAUACCAGACUGUCUUCGAAACUGUGUUAAUAAAGAAUUUAUGUCCAAUGGGGGUUCGUCAUUAUUUUCUCACGGUUGUUCCAACAAUAGUCUGUCAAAUAAUAUCAGCAAUAAUCCCCUGAUUAAUAGCAAUCAUCUAUCCCUUGCUGCAGGACUAGAGAACGCUGCACGUGGUCUACAUCCAGCAGCUGCAGCUGCUGCCUUUGGCCUUUCAGCUGGUCUUUUCUCUUCUGCUGCAGGCGGAGGUUGUGGCCUUGGAGUAGGUGCUAAUAGUCUCCCCUUCCCUGCUAACCUUAUUGGUGGAUCAGGGAUAGGUUUAUCAAAUCCCGGUGGUGGAGGUAUUCUCACUAACAGCGGUGGCCCAACAACAAUCCCAGCUCUUCCCCCACCUCCCGCUGUCGCUGCAGCUGCCGCAGCCCAUUUAGCUGGUCUUCCUCCUGUUUCCGCGUAUGCUAACUUCUUUCCUCCUGGAUUAGCCGCUGGUUUGGGCCUUCCUCUCCCCCCUCCACAUGCAGCAUCCUUAGCUGGUGUAACCGGGUCGUUAGGAGGUACAACUACAGGGUCUUCAACUAGCGCAGCCACCGGAAGUUGUACUAAUAAUUCUACUUCUGGCUCAGGAGGUCAGACAGUCAGUUCCCCCUCACCUGCAACCAGUGGUAUCCCCGGUGGCUUGCUGCUGCUGCCAGUCUUGUUGCUUCAGGCCUCAAUCCGAGAUCAUCAUGAUACUACUACUAGUGCUACUACUACUACUACUACUACUACUACUACUACUACUACUACUACUACAACUACCUUAUUCUUAUUCAAAAAUUAA